CGUAUUCUAAAGAAUAUUUUAGAUAAUAUAUAGUAAAAUCUAUUAAGAAGUCGCGAAAAACGCACGUGUAUCAUAUAUAUUACAUUCUGCGCACAUUUGCCAGUAUAUAAUCAAAAUGUUCUACCGUAUGGUAUAUGGCAUAUUUAAUACAUGCGCAACACAUUUCUGAACACUUUAGAGAGAGAGACUUGGUAUCAGGUUAUGUCAGCAGGCACUGUUGACAGAAUACGAAUUAAUUGGGAACACGUUCAUCAAUUAAUGCUAAAUGACAAGAUACGUGUUUUAGCAUACAAAACUGCAAUUUUUAAUUCAAAAGAAAAAUUUCAAGACAAAAUAAUAAUGGAUGUUGGUGCAGGCACAGGCAUAUUAUCAGUUUUUAGUGUUCAAGCUGGUGCAAAAAAGGUUUAUGCAGUAGAAGCAACUAUAUUAGCAAAAACUAUUGAGCAAGUAUCAAUAGAAAAUAACGUACAGGAUAAAAUUGAAGUAAUUCACAGCAAAAUAGAAGAUAUCUAUCCAGAUAGUUUGGAAAAAGUGGAUAUAAUUAUUUCAGAAUGGAUGGGUUUUUAUUUAGUACAUGAAGGAAUGUUAGAUUCCUUGCUUUAUGCUAGAGAUAAUUUUUUACAAGAGAAUGGUUUAUUAUUCCCAUCUGUAGCAAAAUUGUAUGCUUCACCAUGUCAGUUACGAAUUAUGUAUGAAUUUUGGGACAAUGUACAUGGAGUCAGUAUGAGGUGUAUUGGAAAACAGUAUAGAGAAAUCAAAUCCAAAACUCCAGAACUACUGUGUCUAGAUCAAAAUGAUCUUUUAGCAGAAGGUAAAUUGGUCGCUUGGCUGGAUUUAAAAUGUAUUUCUAGAGAAGAACUAGACCUAUUAUGUGGAGAGGACUAUGUAUCAGUGUGUAACAAGGAUGGAAGAUAUCAAGGAAUAUGCAUUUGGUUUACAAUUGAAUUUCCAGAUGGUUCAGAAAUGUCUACAGGGCCUCAUGAUGAGGCGACACAUUGGAAGCAAACCAUAGUUGUUCUUCCUGUAGAUGUAGAAGUAGAGAAACAUGAACCUAUUGCUUUUAAAUUACAUUUAAAAAAGGACACAAUGUGUCCGAGGUGUUAUAAUAUAGAAGUAAAGGUGUUGGAUGCAGAAGAAGUAGAACAUGAUAUUCCAUGUAAUUGUUACAUGACGAAAUGUAUAGUGACAAGGACAUAUGUUACAGACUGUAUAAAAGAUGAGACCAUUUCAUCAACUGAAUCGUAUGAAACAGAAUAAUUUUUAAAUUUUUAGCUUUGUUGU